AUGCCCCUCACUCCAGAACAAAUCACUCUCAUCAAACAGAAAUGGAAUAAUGCAAAAGAGAGAGCACUCCGAAUGACCAGUCUAGAAUCUCUCCAAGACUCCACUUUUGAAUAUCAUCACACCAAAAAGAAUGUUGAUGUUUAUGCCUGCAAGGAAGAAGGAGAGAGUGCCAUUGUCAUUCGUGGAGAUACCAUUUGUGAAAAUGUCACACCAGAGGAAUUUAUUCAGCCCUUGUGUUGGACCGAUGAGGAGGGAGAAUGGAGAAUACUUUAUUAUGUUGUCUCUGCUGGAGCUCCAUUUGUAUCCGAUCGAGAUUUUCUCUACGUAUUGAAAUUCCACAAAACAGAUACUUUUACCUAUUUUGUUUCAACAAGUAUUGAUGGACUUUAUGAACCUCCUUCUUCAUUUGUUCUACAGAAGGGAGCAGUUCGCGGAACCAAUGAAUUUGUCUGUCAACGAUACGUACCCGAGGAGGGAAAUGCCUCGAAUAUUCUCGUGACGUAUUCGAGUUUGACAUUACCCAAUGGUUGGAUUCCACAAACAGUGGUGAAUGCUGCAAUUUUUCCAGUUCCACUCGGGUUGGCAACCACAGCUGAAAUUCUCAAUAAGAAGUUGAGAACGCCACCAAACUCUCCCUCCCUUAAUAAAAAUUAA